AUGGGGGGCCUUCACUUCAUUGCUUGUAAUAAAUUGGCUGUUGAAAUAUGGGAAUUUGCUAGAACAUGUGAUGUUUGGUUAUCAGCUUGUCAUAUACCUGGUGUAUUAAAUACUAUAGCUGAUUAUAAAUCAAGACAAUUUCAGGAUAACAUUGCAUGGUCCUUGAAUGUAAAACAAUUUAACAUAAUUUCCGACAUUUUUUGGAAAUUUGAUAUUGACCUUUUUGCAUCCAGACUCAAUGCAAAAUGUGAGGAUUAUUUUUCUUUAAGACCUGAUCCAGAUGCUAAAGCUGUAAAUGCCUUCGCUCAGACCUGGUCGAAUUUAAACUUUUAUGCCUUCCCACCAUUUAAUUUGAUUGGAAAAGUUCUUGCAAAGAUAAAUAUAGAUCAAGCCACAGGCAUUCUUGUAAUUAUUGUUUCUACCGGGAACAAAAGGACAACAUCCUCUACACCAAACCUUGUCGCUGCUCAUGCUGCCUGUCUCCGGGAAUCGUUACAAGGUAAAGAGCUUCCAUCAGACACUGUCGAUAUCAUUGCAGCAUCAUGGAGAGAAGGUACCCAGAAACAAUACUCGGGUCCAAUCAGACGAUGGAUACAAUAUUGCACUGGGAGGUCGAUUGAUCCCUAUCAUCCAAAUGUGAAAGAUGUGUUAAUACACCUUACUGAAUUAUUCAAAGGUGGGUCUGGAUAUAGUGUUUUAUGUACAACUAGAAGUGCUAUUGCUUCAGUUGUUUCAAUCAGUGGUUACAGUUCUCUUUCAGAGCAUCCAUUGAUAAGCCGUUUUAUAAAAGGAGUUUUUAAUAUAAGACCAAGUACCCCCAAAUACUCUUUAAUAUGGGAUACAAAUGUUCUUUUGACUUAUUUAAAGUUUCUUAGUCCUAACAAAGAUUUAUCCUUUAAGGAUAUUAACAUCAAGCUGGCUUGUCUCCUUACUAUUUUAGCAGGUCAAAGAGUUCACAGUGUCCAUAAUAUAUCUGUUCCGUAUAUAGAUUUGACAGACGAUGUGAUGCUAUGUCACUUACCUGGCUUGCUUAAAACAACACGGCCUAAAAAGACUGAUAGGACCUUGAUGUACAGGGCAUUCCCUUCUGACCCAGAUUUAUGCCCACUCCAAUGUACCAAAGCCUACCUGUCAAAAAGAGAACAGUUGAUAUCUAAGGAAAUUGCUACGCUUUUUGUAACUUUUGGGAAACCUCAUCAUGCUGCCUCUAAGGAUACACUAUCAAGAUGGAUAAAAUCAGCUAUGACCUCAGCCGGUAUUGAUACCAGCGUUUUUUCCCCAGGCAGCUGUCGUUCAGCCUCUGGGAGUAAAGCAAAAAUUACCGGGGUACCUCUAGAUGUCAUUUUAAAGUAUGGCACUUGGAGUAGGGAUUCUACCUUUUAUCGUUAUUAUUGUAGAGAUGUUAUUGGUAGUGUGACAAGUCUUCAUGAUCUUGGUGCCUCGCUCUUGGACUCAGUUAUGGAAGCGACAAGUCAUGAAUCUUAG